AGUCUUGUGACAGUAAAGCGCGAGCAGUAGCAGGACAACCCGUUGUGUUGAGUUUGACUCGUCAACUAACGCAGGUUUCUGUCUUACAAACGAGAGAAAUGGAGUAAAGGUCGCGAUGGCGCAUCUUUAGAACAUACAAACGUGUUAACUACCUUUUCUUGCAAUAACACGCAUGAGCUGGAGUUGUCGUAUGGAGAGCGCGAAGCAGAACUUUGUUUUGGUUUGUGAUUGAACUCCAGUGAUCGUCCACGCCACAGAAGCUCGACAGGAUUUCAGGUCCGUUUGGUGAACAGGACGCCUCGGAUCAGACAGUAUGGCUAAUAAACCUCUCCUCCAGGACAGACCUCCAGCGUACAACGCAGUCCCGGGUGCGUAUGACUACGGCUCGAUCCCCGCGGCCGCUCCACCCGCGGCGGGCUUCCAACCUCCAGCACCGCCGCUUUAUCAAGGUUAUCCAGCGGCCACAUCCGGUUAUCCAGCGGCCACAUCCGGGUAUCCUGUGGUCCCCGGACAGCCUGCUGCCAUAGCCGCCCAGCCAGCCUACAGCAGCACCUACACCAUCGUCCAGCCCUCUGUGGUGGUGGUUGGAGGAUGUCCGGCCUGCAGGGUUGGCGUGCUGGAGGAUGAUUUCACUUGUCUGGGAAUCAUGUGUGCCAUAUUCUUCUUUCCUCUGGGAAUUCUCUUCUGCCUGGCCCUGCGUCAGAGGAGAUGUCCAAACUGUGGAGCCACUUUCGGCUAGAGGGACCAAACCCGUCACUGUCUUUUUAGCUUGUUUUGUAAUCGCCGCACAUCAAUAAUGCCAAAUAUCACCUACAAACUAUAGUAAUUGAGAGAUCACAAUAUUAAACAGCCAUUAACUCUUAUUGCUUUCUUCAAGAAGGUGGUGCAUGUGACGAACUGUCCAUGUUUUUAGUUUUCACAUGCCUUGCAAGCACUAUUUGCAUUUUUUUUUUUCUUUUUUUCUGCUUUAUGUAAAAUCUUAAAGCCAGUCCUCCAGUCAUCUAAUCACUAGUGCCUUCACGAUGGCAGAGUGAAACCAUAAACCGAUGAGCCUGGACUCACUGGGGUAAUUCGCAGGCAGACAAGCGCCGACUCACUCGGAGUAACAUUGUGUCUGUUGUAUACAUGAAACGUUGAUGCAGACAAUUUCCUUCCUUGAUUUUGAAUCCCAUCAAAGAAUGAGUUUAAUAGCAUCUAAAUGGAGAUUUUAGUUGUAUUGGGAAAGAAAUUUGCAUGACCCCCCCCCCCGCUUUCCUCUGUAUGUGGACUACAACAGUUUCUAGCCAUCUGUCAAUCACAUCUUAGUUCUGACAAGAUCAAAACACUUGUACCACAUUUGUCUUAGUCUUAAGCGUAAUUUCAAUACACGCGGAGUUUCAAAAGUUUUUAGACAUUUUCUUUAAAUGACGAAUGUUAUUUCGGGGCCAUGUUUUCCAUGUACUGCACAGAUGAUCGAUGUUUUAUCUGCUGGGCUCUUCUGAAAUCAUCUUUGAGUGAUAAAUGUGCAGUUAUGUUUCACUCAAGGUCCUCCAGAAAUCUCCGAAUUAAAAUGAAUCCUGCAAUCAAGGGAAGUUGGCACCUAGAAAAUGCCACCAAUGAAGUUACUCUUUGACAAUGGAAUUGACAAUCAGUCUUGGGUGUGUCCAGUGUGAUCUAGUUCAUAAUUUUGGUUGAGUCAUACUGUCUUUGCCACAUUCAUUUUAUAAUGGAAAUGUUUUAGGUGUGCUAUACAAUAUUACGCACACUUAUGAUCAGUUAUAACUUUUUUAAAAGAGAUUGUAAAUAAAUUCUACACGUGUUA